AUGGACAGAUAUUCCAAGUGGGCUUGUGAUCAAAGGCUGAGAGAUUCUCGAGACGGGGCGAAUCUGAGCUUCGAGAGAGACCGGGCCUACGGGUUCUCGUGGCCCCAGAGGAACUAUAAUUGCAGCUUUUGCAACAAGGAGUACAAAUCUGCUCAAGCUCUUGGAGGUCACAUGAAUGUGCACAGGAGAGAUAGAGCAAGAAUGAGGCUUUCUCCAAAUCCUAACCCUUACUCUAACCCUAACCCUAGUUUGUCGUCGUCGUCAUCUCCAUUGCCCUCCACAACUAAGUUCUUGCCUUGUAAUGUAGAACAUCUUGCUGUGAUCAGCUCACCCUCUCCACCUCCUCUCCGAGAAGACGAGUUUGGAGCCAUCGGCCGUUCCUCACCGCGCCAAAGCAUGGUGAAAUGCAACAAUGGUGAUGUGGAAAUGCUUGAGUUUGCUAGCUUUUCAAGAAGAAAUGAUGUUAUUAGAUUGGAUUUGAGCUUGGGUUUGAUGCAAGAUGCAAAGGAGGAUUCGAAUUCGGAUUUGGAUUUGGAUUUGGAUUUGGAUUUGGAUUUGGAGCUUCGACUUGGUUGUUCAUAA